CAAUCCACGUCACAAAGCUCUUGACGGUUUGACAGCAGCGAGUGGACCAGACUGCUUCUCUCACCGGGAACUUGAGAGUUUAACACCGACAGGACUUAUUCAAAGAGUUAUUCAGAUAAUUCUAUACAGUAUCAGGAUCCAUCAUGGCUGCCUACAAACUGGUGCUGAUCCGCCACGGAGAGAGCAGCUGGAACCAGGAGAACCGCUUCUGCGGCUGGUUCGAUGCCGACCUGAGCGAGACCGGGGAAAAGGAGGCGAGGAGAGGUGGCCAGGCCCUGAGAGAUGCUGGCUUUGAGUUUGACAUCUGCUACACUUCCGUGCUGAAGCGGGCCAUCAGGACACUGUGGCUGGUCCUGGACGGCAUUGACCAGAUGUGGGUGCCGGUGCACAGGACCUGGCGGCUCAACGAGCGCCACUACGGAGGCCUGACGGGUCUGAACAAGGCAGAGACGGCCACCAAGCACGGAGAGGCUCAGGUGAAGAUCUGGAGACGCUCCUUCGAUAUUCCUCCUCCCGUCAUGGGCCCAGACCAUGACUACUACACUAUCAUCAGCAAGGAUCGUCGCUAUGCGGACCUGACCGACGAGCAGCUUCCCUCCUGCGAGAGCCUGAAGGACACAAUCGCACGGGCGCUGCCCUUCUGGAAUGACGAGAUCGCCCCUCAGAUCAAACAGGGCAAGAGGGUGCUCAUUGCCGCCCAUGGAAACAGCCUGAGGGGGAUUGUUAAGCAUCUGGAGGGAAUGUCGGAUGAGGCCAUCAUGGAACUGAACCUGCCCACAGGCAUCCCCAUCCUCUACGAGCUCGACAAAAACCUGAAACCUGUGAAGCCUAUGCAGUUCCUGGGAGACGAGGAGACUGUACGUAAGGCCAUGGAGGCCGUGGCUGCUCAGGGGAAGGCCAAGAAGUAAAGUAAUAGGAGAACAAACACCCCUCUCUGUGGGUUAGAGUACCGACUGGCCUCAGAUUAGUGUUUUUGUUUCCAAGCCCUAAUUUAUUUUUGGAUGAUCUACCGUAGGUUGUUGUCAGAGACGACCUCACUCUACAAGUACAGUGCAGCGAGAGUAGAUGGUGAAUGGUUAGGAUAUAUUAGAAAGCCACAGUUCUUAAGAGAUUGUAAGUAAUUUUUGCCAAAAUGGAUGAUUGUUGUUUUAACCUUAAAUGAGGCAGCAUUGAACUGAAAUCAACAGUAUAACUGGAAAAAAAGACAGUUUCUUAAUUUGAAUACUUGAAUAUUUAACUAAUUGCCUGUUUACUAAGUCAAACAUUCCUGUUUAAAAUGGAUUAUAUAGUUUUAAUGUCUUGUUAGAUAAGAAGAGUUAAAUCCUUGCUGUGAACAAAGACUGGGAAACGUAUUGAGAAUCAUUUGGGAGACAUGACUCUUGUUGUGGUGUUCGCCUGUACUGUACAUCUUUAUGAGACCGUGUUUUUCAAAUGCCCUGAUUAUGGUGAGGAAGUUAGAUCUAAGGGUCUCAUCAUAUUGACUUCUGCAAAUUAAAAAUAUUGUAGUCUAUUAUAAUUCAAUUUAAAAUGUACUUUUAUCUUUAAGUAAUUAUAUUUACACACAAUGGGCAUUUUUAGAUUUUGUUGGACACCUUUUAACAGCAAGGGACCUCUGCAAAGGCUGCAGACUUAUUUUAUCUAACUUUUCCAAGCAUGUUAUUGAUGCAUUCCAUUGAUAAAGGGAUGUCAUUUUUGAAAGCAUGAUGGGACGGUGAAAACAGUCCUCUCUUUAGGUCUCUGUUUUUUAAUGCUGUUUGUGCAAUGUCCUUGUGUGUUGUCACUGCCUGUGUUGUGACAAUUUGUGCUCUUCUUUUUGUGUCUCACCAAGUUUGGUCAUUUUGAACCACUACUUCACGAUCAGCAUUCCACCGCACAAGUGUUACAUUUAUUUGGAUUAUACUCCACCUGUUAAAAUCAUAAUUAACUCUUGAUAAAAAGUCUAAAUUUAACCAAUCCUCUUUUACCACCUUUGGUCUGUCCUUGCCUCUUGUUGUCAUGUUAUGUAUUCCUGUGCCUCUGCCUCCUCAAAGUAAAUGACUGCAUCUGGCCUCACAGCAUUGUGAAGCAGCAGAGGUGGUUUUAGGUGCCUGUGAAUGGAGCAUUCAAUUACUGUGUGUCUUACAGUAUUUUCAUUUUUCUUUAGGAAAUGUAAUUCCCUCUGUUGGUUAAAUGUACCCUGGAAGUUCUGAUGUAAUAAAUGUGCACUUGUCCAAAUCCAAAUCAA